CGGCGAGUUUAUAAACGCGACGGCACUCGUAACUACAGUUCAUAUACUCUGUGACUUUCCUAAAGUGUACACUUGAUUUGACUUUCUGCAUUCACCUACAUUCAUCACUUGAAAAUGCCGAUCGAUCUGUACUACGUUCCCGGAAGCGGACCAUGCCGCUCGGUUCGUUUGGUCGCUGCCGCUAUUGGCCUCGAACUCAAUCUGAAAUAUACGGACCUCAUGAAGAAGGAACAAUUGAAGCCUGAGUUUAUCAAGAUGAAUCCCCAACAUACUGUGCCCACAUUGGACGACGAUGGUUUUUACUUGGGUGAAAGCCGAGCCAUUUGCACGUAUUUGAUCGAAAAAUACGCCAAGGACGAUUCCCUUUAUCCUAAAGACCCAAAAAAGAGAGCCAUCAUCAACCAGCGUAUGUACUUUGAUAUGGGAGUUCUUUAUCAAUCUUUCGCAGAAUACUUUUACCCACAAAUCUUUGCUGGUGCACCAGCUGACCCAGCUAAACUCGAAAAAUUACACGAAGCUUUUGGAUAUUUAGAAGGUUUUCUAGAUGGUCAAUCUUAUGUUGCCGGAGAUUCCAUGACCGUUGCAGAUCUCGUAUUAGCUCCAUCAGUUUCCAAUUUAACGCUCAUCGAUUUCGAUUUGAGCAAAUACCCUAACACCGUCAGCUGGUUAGCAAGAAUCGAAGCCGAGGCACCUAAGUACGAUGAGACCAACGGAGAAGGUCUCCGAGCCUUCAAAAGUUUAAUCGACCACUUGACCAAGAAGUAAACAAGUAAUAUUCCGAAUAUUUACAGUAUUAAAAUAUCGAAUGCACCACCGUAUUGUGUACGACCAAAAUCACUUAUAUAGUUAUCAUUUAUGUAUUAUAAUUAAUUUCAACAUCAUUUUAAUGAAUGUAUUAUAAUUA